AUGAGUACUACCGGCAUUAAUUCUAAUGAUGAAUGUAAAUUUCAAAACCUGAACAUUAUUGAGCCACAUCGAGCAUAUAUCGACUUAGUUGGAAAUACUGAGGAAGAAUAAGAUGAUCAAAUCCCAUUUGAUGAAGAAUAAAUAGAAAAAAAUAUUGGUGCGAUAGAAUUGGAGUUAACUGAACUUGAUGAUAUAAUGUUUUAGAAAAAAUAUUGUAUAAAUAACGAACCUACUACAAAGCCAAUUACAACUUCAUCCAGAUCUACAUAAAAAAAUAUAAAACAGAUUAAGAAAAUUUAGAAAAAAUGUAGCAUGCCAAACUUAUACAUCUCACCAUUAAAAAAUCAAGGGAAUACUUAUUUAUAGAUUAAUAUGAUGAAAAGACCAUUAAUAAAGCGAGAAGAUAUAUAAAAUUUGAUAUAGUCCCGAGAUAAAAGAAGUUUUUCCCCUCUAUUUACAAGAUAGAUGCCAGGAGCUUAAAAAGAAAGGAUAAAUUUCGAUAUUGGCUAAUUUAAAAGUGAUAAACUAUUUGAACUAUUAGUUGGCUCUAAAAACUUGCAAAUAGAACAAGGAAAGAUUGACUUAUUUUUUCAACCAAAUCAAAGCUAGCGAUGGAGUGAGAGAUUAAACUUAUAGAAGAUUAGUCAAUAAAGAUUAAUAUUUGCUUGUGAAACAGCUGAAGAAGCAUUUAUGUGGAGAGAUCUUAUUGCAAAGUUAAUUAUGUAUCUUUCAGGUAAUUUAGAAUCUGAAAAUGAUGAAAAAUGA